AUGACGCUGCUGACCAGUGCAGGCAGAGCAGUGGCAGGACAAGGGAACCACUCGUACCUCGCCUGUCUGGCGAACGGCAGGAGCAAUGCAAAUGGCCAUCCUUGGUACGCUCGCGACUAUUCAGCAUCUUCAGCGUCUACAUCAGCAUCAGCAACGGCAGCAAGAGCAAGACGGUUCUGGACAUCCGACGAUCCCCUGCUAAAAGCGCUACGUCGACGCCAAGACGCCUAUCGCCUCGCCCAACUCGGAGGCAACGCGCGCAAGAAAGCGGAGCGAGACGAAGCGAUCCAGCUCGCUCAUUCAGAGAUACGCUGGAUCGUUCAACACCUACGCAAGCUUCAGGCAGCAGGCACAUCUUCGCAGCCGAAACAAGCGCUGAACCGCGAAUCGCGGCGGCAGCUCAUCUCAAUGUCAACGCGGAUGACGAGGGAGAACGUGCCCGUUUCGUACCUGCUAGGCAGUAUACCAUUUGGAGCUCUCCCGCAAGAGCUCAUUGUCCGACCGCCAACAUUGCUGCCACGGCCAGAGACAGAGCAUUGGGCGACGGAAGUGGUCAACACUCUGAGCAAGAUGGAUCCUUCGCAGCUAGAACACGUGCGAGUGGUCGACCUGUGCACCGGCUCAGGGUGCAUUGCGCUUCUUGUCGCUGAUGCGCUACGAACACGACUCGGCACGGGCGGCAGCUGGAGGGUGGUAGCAUGCGACCAAUCGCCGCAAGCAGUAGAGCUCGCGCAAGAGAAUGCCGUCAAACUCAGCUUCACGAUCAACGAACCAGACUCAAACCUGCACAUCGUCCAAGCAGAUAUCUUCGACGAUGCGGCUAUGGAUCAGCUCGCAAGCCUAGCAGGCGGACCUUUCGAUCUGAUACUCAGCAAUCCGCCGUACAUCCCGCGGCGAGAAUGGCUGAGCCUCCCCGCAGAGGUCAAGCAGCACGAGGAUCCAGCUGCGCUCAUCGGCGAGCGCGAUGCGACCAGCCCACCCGAUCCGAGCAGCAACGGCAGGCAGGAUCACCUCGACCGGAUGGGCCUGACCUUCCAUGAACGUCUCGCACACCUUCUUUACCGGUCCUCAUUCUCCACUUCCACCCCGGGCCUGCCUCGUUUGGUCGCAGAGUACGGCAAGGCGCAGCAUGCCAACGUCGAACGACUGCACAUCCACCUUACGCCGCCGAAAGACCGCCUGCCGAAGAUCAUCAAAGUGAGCGGCCAGCUCGUUGUGAUCGGGGUGGGGAAUGCGACGACACAUCCGAAUACUCGUCACUCCAUUGGACAGAUCGUUCUCGAUCCGCUCCUCACGAGCUUGGUCGAGCAGGAUCGAUCCGUGCGUUCGCGCCUGCGCGAGGUACGGGAUGUGCUCGAGCAGGGUCGUUUAGUCCACGCUGAUCGAGCGGGGUGGGACGUGCCCGUACCCUCUCACUUGCCCAACCUGGACCUGGACGCUCCACCACCGCCGUUGCCCUCUUCCUUGCUCAAAGUCACAGGCCCGAGCGGGGGCUGGACCGCCACCCUACCCCUCCUCAUCCCGUCCUCACCGCGCUUCUUCAGCUCGCGCAAUCCGGAAGAUUCAACGGUCUACCAGGUGAACGUAUUGCUCUUCAAGCCGGCCCAUGCAAUGAAUCGGUCUGGCGUGGCGCUCAAAGCGUUUCUCGCAUCGCACGGUGCCGAAUACUCCUCCGACCGACCACCAUCGGAUGACGUGCUGGUGCUUCAAGACGAACUGGAUCUGCCCUUUGGCGAGGCGAAACGGCGCGAAGGCGGUAGUGCGAGAGGUCACAAUGGUGUACGGGACAUCAUUGCCCGCUUAGCUAUCCCCGUCGAACCGACCAAGAAGGGUCAAGAAGGCCCCAAAUUGAGUCGUGUCCGGAUCGGUAUUGGCCGUCCAACGGGUAAAGGGACGAGGGUCGACAGAUGGGUCCUCUCCCCGCUAACGGAAGAGGAGAUGCACAGUUGCAAGACCGAGGCGGAAGGAACCGUGUUGAGUCAGGUCCAGAGACACACGCUCGAAUGGGUCCGGGAGCGAUGUACCACGUUGACGAGGGAGAUGGGGGCCGACGUGGAGAAGCACGACCGCGUAUCGUCGAGGAAGGACCAGUUUGGCGUGCUGCGCACUGUGUGGGUGUCCUAG